AUGCAGGAGCAAACAGCCUCACUGGUCGCCACCGCAACAGCAACGCCGGCCGUGCCAUCAGCUAAUCCACCUCCGCCCAUUGCCUUCCUCGCUGCCCGCGUCGCCGCGGGCCCAGGAGCAACCGUCAAAGCGGUCGGCAACUCGCUCUCAGACGUACCGUUUCGCCCGGCCAGCCUCGAUGCCAGACUCGACGCCCUGGAGCGGAUGGUUCAGGCUCGCAUGGCGCAGGAGAGCCGAAAGCAGGCAGAGGGUGCGGUGGCCCAGACGCCGCAACGGCUGGCGCUGCAACACCGGCAGCCCGCGGCACCGGCAGCACCGGCGCGAGUGCCGACGAUGGCCGUUCAGGCCGUCGUCGACUCGCCUGCCAUCCUCGGCCUUCCUAUCGCGGCUGCCGUGCCAAUCGAGGCCUGCGCUUGGCCGACCCUGCCUCACGCUGUCGCCGAGGCGAGCGAGUGCGCUGCGCAAGGCGCGACCGGUCACUUUGGAGCACCUAGCCUGGCGAAAUUGCCAGUGCCGGCCGGACGAGAUGUCGAGCCGGCGGCGCUGCUCGGCGAUCACACCAGCGCGGGCGCCGCGUCGUCCCGGGCCGUGCGGGAGCCGCAGAAGUACGAGCCGCCCGACUUCAAGGAGCAGGAGGCGCAGGCGAGGGCCCGGACCAGGCGUCGAAAGCUCGCCAAGGCGGCUGAGGCGGAGGCGGAGGCGGAGGCGGAGGCGGCCGAGAAGCGGAGGCGCGUCUGUUUGGAGGCCUCAACGCCGCGACCGCUUCCCUUCCUCUUGCCGCCGAAAGAGAGGCCGGAGCCGGUGCUGCUGCUGACGGGGCCCGCUUGCGGCAGCAGCGAGCCGGCCCCGCAGAGGAGGCAGGCGCGGAGGGUCGACGAGGAGAACCGGCUUGGCGGCCUGCUUCCCGGAGCCACGGUCGAGGCCUGCUCCGAGUUUACCGGCAUCGGCGGCUUCGAGCACGGGCUCGAGGCGGGCUUCGAAGAGGCUGGCCUCUGGCUGAGGCUCGUCGAGGCGUCGGAGCUGGACGACACAAGCAGCGGGCUGCACGCGACCGCCGUGCUGCGAAAGCGCUUCCCCGACUGCGUCGUGCUGGGCCCCGAGUCGCGCAAGCAGCAGCGGUACAGAGCUACGGCGGCCAUGCUCACCGUCACUCCAAUUUGCACGCAGCACUCGGGCUUGAACGCGGACGGCAUCCCCGAUUUGACCGACGAGACGCUGCGAGGAGUCUUUGCCCGCAUUGGCUCCGCCCCCAGCUUGGAGGUCAUCGCCUUCGAGAACGUGCCCAACUUUCUGAGCCUGCUGGAAGGGCAGGAGCGGAGCUCCUACUCCCUGUGGGUGGCCGAGCUCGAGGCGCUCGGAUUCACCGAGCACGCCUUUGUCGUCAUGCCCACCGCCGCCGCCGGGGACUUGCACCGCCGCUCGCGCAUCCUCUCGGUGCACACUCGAGGCGCCUUCCACCCGGCGGCGGCGCUGCUGCGGCUAGUCAGCGACGAGCCUGCUAAUCCCGAGACGGAGGCGCGCGGCGCGGCCUGCUCGAUCGCGGAGGAGACGGAGGCGCGCGGCGCGGCUUGCACGGGCGCGGGGAAGAAGCGCCGCAGAGAGUGCGCCGCUGCGUCUGACCACCCGGUCUUUAGCUUCACGACGGGCGUUGGAGAGCUCCGCUACGCCGCUCGCAACCGGGGCAUCGACGCAGUCUUUGGCGGCCUGCCAGCCUACAACCGCGGCCUCAACGUCGCCCUCUUCUACGAAGAUACCUUCUACGCGCUGUCUCCUUGGCUCGCCGCUCGCGCCAGCGGACUGCCCGACGGCUACCAGGACGUGGCCAGCUGCUCGGGAAGGAGAAAGAGCGACCCCGUCGGCGCCGAGACGCGCGCGCACCGCACGAUGGCGGCGGCGGGGCUCGCCAACAUGGUCUCGCCGCUCCAGGCCCGCGAGCUCGGUCACUCCAUCGCAUCGGAGUGGCGGGCGCCGCGCGCGUAUGCGCAUCCCAGCCUCCGCCCCCUCACCCACGCGCCGAGCCUCCCGGACAGCUACGCGGGCAACGUGCCGUUUGACUUUCCGCGGCUCGCGUCCCUCGCUCAACCGGCCACGCUCUGCUUCAAACGGCGAGCCACCGGCCGCUGGCACUUUGUCGAGCGCCGCUGGUGGCCGCGCGCCCUGCCCGCCGCGACGCUCGGCGAGCUCUGCGCCGAGGCGCUGCGGCGCGGUGAGCUCGAGCCUCUCCGUUCCGUCGUAGACUUGCAGCGCGUCGUGGACGACCCGUCGCUCAGCGACCACGCGCGGCGCUGCGCAGCCGACCAGCGCGACCACGCGGUCGGCGUGCGCGAGGCGAGGAAGGAGGAGGCGGACCGGCGGACUUGCGUGCGUGAGGGGCGGGUGUGGCGGCGGCGCGUGAGCCUUGCCGAUCUACUCCGGUGGAUGGGGCGCGCGGGGCUGAGCUCUGACGAGCUGCGGACGAUCCUCGGCGUGUCGGAGGAGGACGCGUGGAUAGAGUGCGAGAGGUGCGGCAAGUGGAGGAGGCUGCCCGGUCACGGCCCCUUCAGGCUGCCCUCAUCGUGGACGUGCGAUCAGAACGAGGAGGACCCGCGACACAGCUCCUGCUCGGCGCCGCAAGAGCUCUCCAACGAUGAGAUUGACCGGGCGAUCGAGGCGGCUGCGGAUCGGUUCGAGACGGUGACGGUGACGCUGCGCGGAGCCGCGUUUCCAGCCGAGCCACCGCCCAGCUCGUGGGUGGCGUGUGACCGGUGCGGCAAGUGGCGCCGUCUACCCGCCGCUCUAGACGACGAGGGCGAAAAGUGGUACUGCGAGCUCUCAACCGACCGCCGGCGCAACCACUGCGCCGCCGAGGAGGAGGUUUGGGACAGCGGCAGGGAGGAUGUCAUCGAGAGCACAGGCGGCGCGCCGAGCCAGGCCAGCAGCGCGUUCGCGCCGCCCGCCGCCACCGCGCAUGCUCUCGGCAUCCCCCUCCGCGAGGCGAUCCCCGGCGUGGUCUUCAGCACGCAGCUGCUCUCGCCCGAGGAUGAGCUGCAGCACGCCCCGCCCCCGCGUGCGCUGCCCGGGGAGCAGCAGCAGCAGUCGGCACGGCCCUGCUCGACCCAGGCGGGUGCGCUGCCACAGACUUCCCGCGGGGGGGAGGGGAGGGGGGAGGGGCAGGAGGGGCCGCAGCAGCUCCGCCCUGCUCUGGAGGCCGAGAAGCAGGUGCACGUCGACGACGCGCUCGCCGCCCUCGGCGUCACAAAGGUGGUCCGGCACUGGGUGUACAGCGGCGCCAAGCCGGGCUCGCUCCACAACGUGUACGUCAGCCUCGCCUUCUCGGACGGGCGCACCACGCGCUCGGCCUUUGUGCCGUCGCAGCCGCUCCUCGGGUCGAGAGUGCUCCUGGCGUACCUCGACUCCAAGGACGGCGGCCGGAUCCGCCGCUACGUUCCGGAAGCCUGGUCGGGCUUUCAUAAAACGGACAACCCAAGGGAGGGAUCGUUCGUGUUUGAGGAAUUCUUUUCCCGCGACGUCGGCUCGCGCCGCUCGCUCCUCUCGAUGGCCAGCGCCUCCCUAAUCCACCGCGGCGAGCGCUGCACGGAGCUGCGGCUGCCGGGAGGCGAGCGGCUGCUGAUCGACUACGGUGCCGAGCCGCUCUCGCUGCUCCACUACCAGCCGCUCUGCGCUGGCAGCGGCGACGCAGAGCGUCCUCCGCCCGCUUCGGAGCAGAACGGCUGGCUGGGCUACCGCGGCCGCGUGUACGCGACGUACGCCGCGCUGCGGCUCGGCACGCUGCGCAUGCUCGAGCUCGCACGCAUGCAAGCCGCCGACGCAUCGUCGCCGUCACACGCCGCGCCGCCGGCCGCGCCCGCCGCCGGCGGCUCUGCGCCCGCCGCCGUGGCCGACUUCCUGCAUGGUGUUUGGCGGUCCGGGAUGGCAGGGUACUCGGAGGCGGAGGUGGCCGCGUGCGCCGCCCGCAUCACCCCCGUCUCGUACGGGCAGCGCGUCUGGCUGGCGGAGGACGGCGCGCUCUCCGUCAUGGCGCGCCCGUCUGGCCUCACCAUCGGAGGCGCCGCGAGGAGCGCCGCGUGGAGCCUCGAUGCUAACGGCUCCCGCUUCGCACUUCUCGCCGCCGCCGCGCCGCCGCCGCCGCCACUGCCACCGCCGCAAUUGCCGCUGCCGCCGCCGCUGCCGCCGCCGCUGCCGCCGCCCGCCGCCGGCUCUUGUUCCGCUAACGGAACGUACGCCUUCGCCGCGGCCGCUGCUAGCUCUGCCGCUGCCGCCGCCGCUGCCGCCGCUUCCGCCGCCGCCACCGCCUCCGCCGCCGCAACCGCCGCCGCCGCCGGCGUUGCGCUGUGCGCUUGCCGCAGCGUCGAGCUGCUUCCCGACUUGAAGGGGUCGGACGCACUCCUCCUGAGGGAGGUCCGCCACCCCGGCGCCGCGCCGGUCGGGGAGUCGGUCGGCGCAGUCGUCGACGCGGCGGUGCGCGCCGUUGCGGGCGGCAUGUCGGUCCUCCUCCCUUGGUCUCCGGCGGGCGGCUCGUCGCUCGGCCUGGUCGAGGCGAUCGCUGGAGCGCUGUCCGUGCGCUUUCACGCGGCCCGCCCGCCACUCCUCGCCCUCGUCUCUCCGGUGGGCGCCGAUUGCCUCUCCCACGCCUCCUCCCUCGCCGAGUGGGUCGACUGCCGCCGCGCAGAGCGCGCCUUCGAGCCGCAGCUGCCCUUCGCCUUCGACGCGCUGCAGUCGGAAGGGCGGCUCCUCUGCGUCGGCUCGCUCGACGCGCUGCCGUCGCCGCUCCCCCACCCCGCCAUCGUCCUCGCGCCAGACCCGUCCUUGCGCACCGGCCCCGCCGCGGCUCUGCUGCGCGAGUGGCGUCACCCGGCGCGGGGGAGGAGGGCGCUGCUGCUCCUUCUCGGACCUGCGCGGGGGAGGAGGGCGCUGCUGCUGCUCACUGCGCCGCUGCCGGUGCCGACGCUGCGCCCGGAGGAGCACUGCGCGCAGCUGCUCGCCCCCUUCUCGCCGCUCGGCCACGUGCAGCCGCUGCUCCGGCCGCUCGACUUGCGGACCGGCGAGGUGGAGGCGUACUCGAUGCUCGAGGCUAUGGCGCCGCGCAUCGCCGUCCUGCCGCCCGCUCCGCUCCGCUCCCUCGAGCGCGUACGAGCCGCCCCCGUGCGGAGGCUCGCCCCCUCCGCGACGCUCCUCCUGCCGGCGUCGCAGCCCUGCCUGAGCGCGCGCAUCGCGGGGCCCCUCGCUGACGCCACUCGCAUGCGAGACCCGGCCCUCGCUCCCGCGGCGCAGCGCUGUCUCGCGGGAGGCGUCCGCGCCGCGCGCGCCUCGCUGCUGCUGUGCGAGGCCGAGGGGGAGCCGCCGCGGCUGCUCGCAGACAACGACCCGCCCGCCGCCACCCAAGCGGCGGGCGGCGGCGGCAGCGACAGCGGCGACGGCGGCAGAGGCGACGGCGGCAGCGGCGGCGGCGGCGGGCUUGUAGGUCGAAUCGACCUCCCCACGCUGCUAGAGGCGCUCAGCGCACGCGGGCUCGAUCCGGCGGCGCCCGUUCUCGUCGAGUUGGACGGCGGCACGCUGGAGCUGCGGGGGGCGCAGAGCGUCGUGCGCAGCGCUGACUUUGACCUGAUCGUGCUUGUGCAGGAGGCGAUUCGCGAGCAGCUCGUCGAGCUGUGA